UCUCCCCGGUAACUUUAUGCAGUAGGAAACACUGUACCUUGGCGUGGAAGGGCAUUUCAAGAAGUAAACAUGUAUAAAAGCGUAGUGCGGAAUUUGCUUUCAGGUCCGAACACCUUGGUUAAAUUCUCUGAUGCUUUUGCUUUGGCAUUUAAAUGUAACAAAUCUUCAGCGGCACAUCUUAGAUUGACAAACAAGGUUGGCGCUAAAGGACUCAGAACAUGUUCAGCUCAACAUUGUGAGAAGACUGAAGCUCCUUCAGAUGCACCAACUAAGUGUAACUCUUCAGAUAGUACACCUAACGUAGACGUUGUUAGAAAUCCAGCUAUAGAGCCAACUAAUGAAAAUCCUCAAUUGGAAGUAAAGUCCACAGCGUUGAUACCAGAUGAUGAAAGUGCCACACAGUCCCAAACUACAAGUGAACCAUAUGCAACAACACCUGUAAUAGAGAAGUCCAGGAGUGGGAAGGAGGGUCUUCUGAACCUACUUGGUGCAAUGAAAGUAGACAUAACUAACAAAAGAAAGCUAAAAGGAUUGAAGGGAAGACAAGAAAUUUCUACCACACCAAAACCAAGACCCAACUCCUUGGAGAGCACUAUUACAAUGUUUCAGAAUGCUACAGUAAAAACUUCACAGCAAAAGGAAACUCUGGCUCCGGACCUUGUUGCUGCUGCAUCAGCUGCAGCCUCCACUCUCCCUAAUCCCAGUCAAGCAGAGUCUGAGCUUCUUCAGCAACUGCGCCAGCAUGAAACUGAGGCACAAAAGAAAGGAGAUAGGAACAAUAUUGGGGUAAUCAUAGCAGAAAUGAAAAUAGGAAAGAAUCCAAAUCGAUUGAAUGCUCGGCCAGCUAAUCAGAUUAGGUUUGAUGAUGAUGGCCGAGGUUACACACAUGAAAGAGGAAUCGCUGGUGAACUGGAUAGCGUUCGAAAAAGGAGAAACCUAUUUACAGUGAAGAGACUGAACAUUUUCUCUCCAGAAGUAACUGCUUUACCCACAGAUGAACGGAUGACUUUAUGGGAUAUGGAUUAUGCAGACAAAUUAUCUACAGUGACCAAUCAUAUGCCUCGUAAUGGUUUUGAGGAAAUGAUCCAGUGGACCCAACAAGGGAAAAUGUGGCAGUAUCCUAUUGAUAAUGACAUUGGCUUGGAAGAAGAAGCUAGUGUACCAUUUCAUGAGCAUAUUUUCUUGGAGAAACACUUAGAGGAGGGUUUUCCACGUCAGGGGCCUGUUCGUCAUUUCAUGGAGCUUGUGAUUACUGGUUUGUCCAGAAACCCACACCUGACUGUCCAACAGAAGAAGGAGCACAUCUCCUGGUUUCGAGAUUAUUUCAGUCAAAAAGAAGAAGUGCUCAAGGAGGAUGAUGUCUAUCUAAAUUAAAAGUGGAGGAUGUUUAAAAAAAGGCAAAAGCACUGUACUGUUGCUGACAAUAUAUUUUUUGUUGAUGUCAUUUUGUUAAUAAUUAUAAAAACAAGAAGAGUGCAUAAUGGAAAAAUACCUGUCUAUGACAUUGGUCGAGAUGUAUACCAUAAUUAAAACAAUCUCAUUUGA